UUUUCAUUUAAACAUAACAUAAUCAUACACCUUUGUACACAACUAAGGCCAUGGUAGAACGGGGAGUAUAAAAAGAGAAAUGUGAUUUGGGGUUAUCUCCCUGUUCACAAUUAAACAAUGCAAACUGUUCGGCGCAAUGCGAAAAGCCUAGGAACCUAAUGGAUUGUUGGAGUGGGAUUUACUUAUUAGAGUUUGAGGCGUUAGAUAUGAACCCUAACAACCCUGAAGAACGAAAAAAUACAUACGCAUACUAAGUUUUCUGUCUCCGUUCAAGCUCGUCUUCGCGUAGUAUUUUUUUUCAAGUUUCCAUUUCACAAUGGGAAUCAAGGGUUUAAUGAAGCUGUUGGCAGACAAUGCUCCCAAGGCCAUGAAAGAGCAGAAAUUCGAAAGCUAUUUUGGUCGCAAAAUAGCUAUUGACGCCAGUAUGAGCAUCUAUCAAUUUCUUAUUGUGGUGGGACGAAGUGGGUCUGAUAUGCUCACAAAUGAGGCUGGUGAAACUACGAGUCACUUGGUUGGGAUGUUCUCUCGGACAAUUAGGCUUUUGGAAGCCGGUAUAAAGCCAGUAUAUGUUUUUGAUGGGAAGCCUCCGGAUUUGAAGAGACAGGAGCUCGCAAAGCGUUACUCAAGAAGGGAAGAUGCAACAGCUGGCCUAGCGGCUGCAGAAGAGACUGGCAAUAAGGAGGACAUUGAGAAGUUCAGCAAAAGAACCGUAAAGGUUACACAGCAGCACAAUGAUGACUGCAAAAAACUUCUUAGAAUGAUGGGAGUACCGGUAGUUGAGGCUCCUUCUGAAGCUGAGGCACAGUGUGCUGCACUAUGCAAGGCUGAUCAGGUUUAUGGUGUGGCCUCAGAAGAUAUGGAUUCCUUAACUUUUGGAGCUCCAAAGUUUCUUCGCCAUUUGAUGGAUCCUAGCUCCAAAAAGAUACCUGUAAUGGAGAUUGAAGUUUCAAAGGUCAUAGAGGAAUUAGAACUUACAAUGGACCAGUUCAUUGACCUGUGCAUUCUAUGUGGAUGUGACUAUUGUGAUAGCAUACGUGGUAUUGGGCCGCAAACAGCUCUGAAGCUUGUUCGCCAACAUGGCUCGCUAGAAAGCAUAUUAGAGAAUAUUAACAAAGAAAGAUAUCAGAUACCAAAUGAGUGGCCAUAUGAAGAGGCUAGACUUCUUUUUAAGGAUCCAUUAGUCCUAAAGGGCGAUGAUCAACCGGAGCUUAAAUGGGGUGCUCCAGAUGAAGAGGGUUUGGUUGAAUUUCUGGUGAACCAAAAUGGAUUCAACAUUGACAGAGUUACAAAGGCAAUAGAAAAGAUAAAGACAGCCAAGAAUAAGUCAUCUCAGGGGCGGUUAGAGUCAUUCUUCAAACCAGCUGCUAGCAUAUCAGUACCGGCCAAAAGAAAGGAAACAACCCAGAAUGCUGAAAAAGGAGUGGCAAACAAGAAACCAAAAGCUGUUGGGGGUGGGAGGAAGAAGAAGAAAUAGUUGGUAGUAAACUGAACAAGGGUGAUGCUUUUGAAAAGGUGAUAUGGAUUCACCAGAUAUGGCUUGAUUUGGAAGUCAUACUUGAAAUGGAUGUGUUGAGGGCCAGUUAAAUUAAGUUGCCAACUGCUCCCAACACCAUAAUCUAACCUGCGGAUUUAUUGUGCUUGAUUUCCUCUCUUUCUUUAGACAAGCACUGUAAUUUCGACCUUCAUGUCUUGAAGCAUAUUAAGUUGCUAACUAUUAACUAAUGAUAACUAUCCACAAAAAGUAAAACCUAUACAUGUACUUUAAAGGAAGGGAAAG